UCUGGUUUAAUGUUUCUGAUAAACUUCCCUGAACCAAGAGCUCUCAGAUACCAAGGCAAGCCUCCUGAGGGAUCCCUGACUGGUGGGGAGGGGAGGCCAUGCUCUCGGACUAGGAGCCUCAGGUCAGUGCAGACGCUCUCCUCAGUCCUGGCGGGAGACCUCUUACCAUCCAGUCUUCCCCAUCCAACCUGGCCACACUUCAGAAAAGGCUGGGAAGGUUAACCUAUAAAGCAAGGCAAAUUAAGACACUUCUCUUGUAUCAAGCCAUCUCAGCUCACUGUUUUUCUCAUGGCCUCUCUUCAAAACCCUGGAGGUAUUUUGUAAACACAGCCACACACCAGUGGCUGCAUACUGGGCACUGGACAGACUGCUCAGAGCAGAAUUCAGGAUGUGAAUUACCGGGUUGAAAGAAAAGGAAAGAAAAGACAGUGCACGUAACCCUCACGGACAGGGCCGGACGUCGCGAACCUACAGAGGUGGCUCCAGAGGACCUGGGCUCGACCAUGCGGUGAAGGCCCGGCUCCAACUGCCCCGAGGGUGCCGUGAGCCAGUUGGUUCAGCUCUGCUGGUGUCCCCUUUCAGGGGCUUGCGGCUGUGCCUGGGGCCGGCCGGGCUAGAGCAAAUGUCACCACACCUGCUGUUUCCGGGGAGGAGCAGAGAGAGAGACAUGCAAUUAAGAGACACUGGCUCACAACGGAGGUGGAGGCCAUCUUUAAACUGAUGAGAGAAUGCGGACAUUUGGGGCUUUACUUAGUACCGAGCCCUGCUAAGUCGAGGCACAGUUGAAUUUCCAGCAGCGUGGACCCAGACUGUCCUGCAGACCCCGUGUUCUCCAACAGCCGUCGUCUUCCUGGCAGGACGAGGGGUGACCAUGCUGCUGUCACCUAGCUGUGACCUGGCCUGGCCGCAGCCGCACUGAGUACACACUGUAGUUUGGCAGGCCGAGGCCACACGAGAGGCCUGGAAGCGCACACACCUUGACCCCAGCUACGUAGGAGACCGAGGCAGGAGUGUUGUGACAUAGGGACACAGAAAGCAUGUGAUCUUGGGCAAGUGGCUUCGUGUCUCUGAACUAGCCCCUUCUCUGUGAGAUGUCCUGCCACAGUGGGGGAGGGAGUAGCCCUCCUUGUGGGGCUUUGCCUUAAAGCUCCCUCUGAGUAACAAGGGGGACCUACGUGCACAGAGCAGACCAGAGCCUUGACGCUCACGUGUGCACUGUUCACUGCACGGACCGUCUGUCACCUGGGUCCUAAGAGCAUUGCUCGAAAUGCUCAAAACCUCAAAUCUUGUCAGGCACGGACAUCGUGGACUGUUACUAGCUGCUGCAGCGUGAGGUGCUGCCAUUUGAACAAGUGAGUCCUGCUACGUGAGGGAGUUGGUGCCUAAGUGCCUUGUUCUCAGCGAGGGCCAAACGGGGCGGUUGACAGGAUUUUCCUCAACCAGCAAAGCUACAGAAUUCAAUUUCGCAAAUGCUUGGCAUGCCUACAGAGUGUGAGGCACCACACAGGAAGACGGGUAUGGCAGCUAUCAGUCAUGUUGAUCAAACCAUAACCACAGCUAAGCACGAAGGAGGGGACUGUGAGCUGCCCGGCACGGAGUCGAGCUGAGAAAUCAAGAGUCCCCUCGUGAGACCCCGCAGUGCCCAGCACUCGUCACCACGGGCUUACUCCUGGAGUCGCCUCUGGGCCGCAGGCGUCAAGACCUGACCAAGGCGAUGCCCACGGCCAUGGCCGUCUCAGCCUGUGUGUUGGGCAAGUUUGUGGGUGAAGCCUGAGGGCCAGAAGGCAGCCCAGACCUGGUUUAGAGGCUACACUGAACCCUGACCUGGACAUAUGACCCGCGGCCUCGCUCCUGACCUGCCCAGCGGCCUCGCUCCUGACCUGCCCAGCGAGUUCUGCGAGAUGGGCUCCUUCCGCAGGCCUAGACCGCGCUUCAUGAGCUCGCCUGUGCUCAGCGACCUGCCCCGAUUCCAGGCAGCCCGGCAGGCUCUGCAGCUCAGCUCCAACUCGGCCUGGAACAGCUUCCAGACUGCUGUGAUCAACGUGUUCAGGGGGGGCGGCUUGCAAAGCAAUGAGCUCUAUGUCCUGAAUGAAAAUAUCCGGCGGCUGCUGAAGAGUGAGCUUGGAUCGUUCAUCUCCGACUACUUCCAGAACCAGCUUCUUGCAAAAGGACUGCUCUUUGUUGAGGAGAAGAUCAAGCUGUGUGAAGGUGAGAACCGCAUCAAGGUUCUGGCGGAAGUCUGGGAUCACUUCUUCACUGAGACUCUCCCCACCCUGCAGGCGGUGUUCUACCCCGUCCAGGGCCAAGAGCUGACCAUCCGCCAGAUCUCCUUGCUGGGCUUCCGAGACUUGGUCCUGUUGAAGGUGAAGCAGGCCGACUGGCUGUUGCCAGCCCCGCCCGAGCUGCCCUCGUCCAUUGUCCAGAUGCUGCUCGUCCUGCAGAGUGUUCACGAGCCCGCAGGCCCAAGUGAGGGUUAUUUGCAGCUGGAGGAGCUGGUGAAGCAAGUGGUCUCUCCUUUUCUCAGCAUCAGCGGGGACCGUGGCCUCUCGGGCCCCACGUGCAUACUGGCCAGGCGCCACUCCAGGGUACGGCCCAAGGUGACUCUUCUGAACUGUGCCUCCCCAACGACCACAGGCAGCCGGCCGUCGAAUGAGAUGGCCCUGACCCCACUGACUGAGCAGGAGGGGGAAGCCUACCUGGAGAAGUGCGGCGGUGUUCGGCGGCACACGGUGGCCAACGCCCACUCGGACAUCCAGCUGCUGGCUGUGGCCACCAGAAUGCACUCAGGCUUAGGCGAGGGGGCUGGCAGCGAGGACGAGUGCCUGGUCCUGUCGCCCCACUUUCCCCCCCGCCACCGGCAAUGCUCCAGCGAGCCCAACAUCACUGACAACCCUAACGGGAUGCGGGAGGGGGCAGGGGAUGGCAAGGCGGGCUCGGAGCUGAGCUGUGCAUCCCUGAGCUGAGCUGCUGCAUCCAGGACUUCCCAGCUCCUGCUUCACAGCCAAGACAGGACGCCUCUGUCCCCUGGAUUACCAAGGGGCUCUUCUUGUGGGCAGAGCUUCCUGAGCUCUCUCAAGGUGCAGGCCUGGUCCACGUGCUCUUGGCAGAAACCCCGGUUGUAAACCUCUUCGUUUUGGUGUGACCACCUCUUCGUGGCACAGAGACCCAGCCACCUCACAUUCACUUUCUGACGUGCAGCUCUGCCUGCCCAACUCCGGUCCCCCUCUCUGGGUCUUUUCCUCUCAGAUGAUGGACUGCUCGAACCUCUAACUCUGUAUCCCAAGGCCCUUGCCAUUAGUGGAGUAGUUUUCCUGGACCACACUUAAGGCAACCAAGAAUGUGCCUGUCCCUGGGGUCCCUCUCUAGGUUCCUGUAUGAUGCAGAGACAUGGAUGAAAAGUGGAUGAAAGCUCCCCUUUCUGUGUGGAGUUGCAGCAGGUGCAGCCACUGUGGGCGUAGCUCGGGAAUGUGCCUUCCUUACUCCAAUUGAGAGUCACUAGGGAAGAGGGCCCCCUG